AUGGCCCUCACCCGGGCCCAGACAGCGGCCCAGGAGCGGCCCUUGUUGUCGUCGCCAAAGAAUCAAGACCAAUGCCAGAAGCGCCGGCGAACGUCAUGUACACCAUUUGCUAGGUCAAACGUCGGCGAGCCAGCAAUCGACAACGGUGAUCCCUACAACCUAGUCUCGUUCUGGGCGAAGGAAGGGCAGUGGCCGAACGACCUAUACAAAGCCGGAACCAACUUGGAGACAGUUCCUAUCAUGGAGCGUCUACUCGCGCGGAAGAAAUCCUUGUCCGGCCCGUCGCGCAAGCGGUCCAAUUCUGCCUCUUCUACAACUCCGAGCGAUCAGAAGCCGCGCGAAGAAAAGAGCGCACCGUAUGGAAACGCGCGGUACUCGCGCCUACUUGAGACCAAGGGCUCGUACAUGAAAAAGUCGGAACUAGGCAUAACGGAUGCGAGCAAGAUUUUUGUCAGGACAUUGCUUGAAUGGGAACAAAAUCUUCCUACUGGGACUCAUUUUGAUGACGACAUCUUCGCGGAUGCUUGUCAGAAUCUCGAGGAUAUGAAUGAAGCUAGGGUUAUCCAAGACGUUUCCCGGCUCAUCGUUCCAUCGGCAGAAUCGCUUGCGCUCCGCAACAAAAGUUACAAACACCUUAUCGAGAGCGUCAACGCAGGGUGGAACAACUCAAUGCCACUCAUCGGUACCCGCCCACAGCUCGACUACUCCGUUGGUUUCAGACGAGAGGCAUUCGCCGACGGACAGCUCAGAAAGCUGUCUCCAUUUAUCGGCGAAUUUCUCUUUGGGGAUAAGUCCCUUUUCAUGGCUACGUACUACAUGUACUUUCCAUUUCUUACGUGUGAGGUGAAAUGCGGCGCUGGAGCACUUGAUGUCACUGACCGGCAGAACGCCCACAGCAUGACACUCGCGACGCGAGCCAUCUCUGAAAUCAACCGUGAGAUUCUCGGAUUCUCAAUCUCGCACGACCACAGGUUAGUGCGGAUCUACGGUCAUUAUCCAGUGAUAUCCGGGGAAGAUGCAACAUACUACCGUCAUCCGAUCCACGAGUUUUCUUUCACUGCGCUAGACGGCAAGGACAAAUGGACAGCUUAUCGGUUUACGAAAAAUGUCUACGAUACAUGGAUGCCCGAUCAUUUCCAGAGAAUCUGUUCUGCCAUUGAUCGAUUGCCAUCAGAGGUGGACUUUGAUGUUUCGCCCCUCUCCGAGGCUACAGGGCUUUCCCAAGAACUAGAAUCCCUAAUGCAAUCAGAAACGAGCUUCAUUUCAGAGCCUCUUGAAGAGGUGUUGCCUCUGACUCAUGCUAGGCAGCAAGGGCCAAGUCUGGAUACCUCAUACACAGGGCCAGGGGUGACGAAAAGGAAGAAGGGCUGA